UUAUCUGGACGACAAAGCUGCAGUAAAUAUCUUUUAAGAAGUCAUGGUAUCCUUCCUUUAGAAGUACAGUGUCCAGACUGUAAACUUCUCUGUAUUUAUAGGGAGGAGAGGCAGCAGCAGCAGUAGCGCUACCAAAACCAUCAACAUCUGGCCAGCAAGGAGCAGCCGAUUCAAAGGCCUAGCAAAAAAAAUGAGCCACCUGCAACACCAAGAUCAAGAUAUGCCUAAGAAGGUGAAACUGAAAAGGGGAUAACAGUUUGAGGCUCGCCAUUCCCAGACCGAGACCAGGCGGCGGGUUUGUUUACCUCUGGCCAGCUGAGGAGCGCCUGCCCGCCACGUGCUGGGGUGUGUAGUGUGUGCUGCCUCCACGCCGUGCCGCUGAUACCAGAACACCAAACCAAGGAGUUCUUUUCGCCGUCACCUACAAGGAUUAGUGUUAUAUUCUAGAGGCCAAUUGGUGAGGUUCAGGAUGGCGAUGGGCGGCGCCGCGCUCGCCCUGCUGGAGGCUGCCGGGUGCUGCCGCCGCUGCCUGCUGGUCUUCAUGGGGGACCGCACGGACGCCCUGUACGAGGACAUUCCCAAGGUCAACGAGGCCAUUGAGGCGUGCGUCAAGAAACUGGACGGGCACAGUGAUGAGGUACAGGACUCAAUACAACAUUCCAAAAUCUCAGAAACUGUAGCAGUCCAAGAAUGUUUAGACGACACUGGAAAGACUGUGUCAGAUGAAGAACCCGUCAGGAUGGAGACUCAUGAUUCCAGAAAUUGUUCAAAGAAGCCGAAAUUUGAAGCUUGUGUUGCCUGCAUUGGUGUUCUUCAGUGGGGCUGCUCUAAGGAGGCCAUAAAAAGGCUGAGUGAUGCCAUUAAGGAUGGUGGCCAUGAUGCUGAUGGGUUCAGCCUCUCUCUCUCCCUCCCCGUCUCCGUCAGUCUUCGGGUUCACCGCCUCUGGUCACUCCUCCUCAAAGCCUGUCCACAAUUUCCAGUCCAAGGCCGAGAAGAUCACAUCGGCACGCUGAAAGAUAUUUGGAAAAAUGUUAUUGGUCCACAGGUGGAAUCUGCUACAGGGAAAACAUUCAUUCAUGGCAUCUAUCAUGAUUUUGUCCUGAAUGUUGUUUGCUCAUAUGUCAAUGACCUCGAAGACUGCAAGAUAAUGGAUGAACUGUGCCGUACAAUGUUUGCUACACGCCAGAAACAGCACAAGAAGCACGCCAAUAAUGUGUACUCCAAACAAGCUAUUGAUACUGCUUUCAAGAAACUGAGUGAUUCAGACUUGCUGAAGGUGUGCCCUGAGCCCCCCAGCACACCCAGUGAGGUGAUCACCUUUGCCACCAUUCAGUGCCAGCAGGCUCCCAUGUACAUGGCUGGUAGAUAUAAUAAGUACAGCAGAGACUUGCCACAGACACCUUGGUUUGUGGAAGGGGAGCGCAAGAUGGGGUCCAGUGUGCAGGAACUUAUCUGUGAUAUACUCAACCAAACUGUUCAUGCUGAAGAUAUGAAGUUCUCUUCAUCAGGAAGAGAAGAUGUUGAUGUGAGAUGUUUGGGAAAUGGCCGACCCUUUGUGGUGGAGUUUAUCAACCCUCAGCGGACAAAGCUGAGCAAGGAAGAGCUUGCUUCCCUGCAACUUGCUAUUAAUAAUGCAACCAAGCUAAUCAGAGUGAGGGACAUGCAGAUUGUUGAAAAAAAGGACCUAAAGAAUCUCAAAGAAGGUGAAGAGGAGAAAACAAAGGCUUACUGUGCCCUUUGUAUUGCUUCCAAGGGCUAUGAUUGCUCUGCCCUGGAGGCCUUGUCCACGAUGCCACAGGUGGUAAUCCAACAGAAGACUCCCCUGCGUGUUCUGCACCGCCGGCCCCUUGCCACGCGCCCCAGGACCAUCCUCAGCAUCAGGGCUCAGCCAGUGGACCAACACUUUUUCAAGCUUCACCUCACAACUCAAGCUGGGACUUACAUAAAGGAAUUUGUGCACGGUGACCUGGGCCGCACUGUCCCAAACCUUGGUGAAAUCUUAGGUUGUAAAGUGGACAUAAUUGCAUUGGAUGUUGAGAAUGUUGCCUUGGAUUGGCCUCCAAAAUGUGGUGACUGACCCUAAGUCACCUUAUGUACUAGUGGUGAAUAAAUGGUGAGUUUUGAGGUUGUCAAGUGUGAUUAAUGCCUUUUAAAAGUUAAUUUUUACACUUUAUAGGAGAAAAGCCAAAGUUUUAAAUAAAUGAACAUGUACAAAUAAA